AUGCCUACUGGAGGGGACGUUCUUAACGCGGAUCGUGCUUCUGCUGCCCAGCUCGAUGCUUCUCCUUCACCGGAAGCAGCAACCGCAGCAGUGGCGGCGAUAUGUUUGUCUAUAGCCAACAUAGGUAACCUGCACCUGCCAUCAACGCCACCUGCUGCCGCUGCUGCCGCAGCUGCUGCUGCUGAUGCUCAUGCUGCUGAUACAUCUCUACCACAGCCGAUGGGAGAUAGAGUGGUGGAGAUGGGAGAUGGGGUGGUGGAGGUGGGAGAUGGGGUGGUGGAGGUGGGAGAUGGUGGGGAUGAGGAGAUGCGCAGCAGGAGGAUUGGAGCCUCUAAGUCCAAACCAGUCAGAAUCGCCCUCCUGCGCCCCACGUCCUCUCUCCCUUCCAACCUCCCCUCCUUUGCUCUUCUCCCUCCUCGUCCGCUUCCUCCUGCUGCCACCACCGGUCCGCCUCCCCGCCCGUCUGUUCUUCCCUCCAACCCACCAAUGGUCACGCCUGCUCCGUCCCUCAGUGCUGGUAAGCCUGCUGCAUCCCAGGUUUCCCUUUCUUGCCCACCAGUGGUCCAAGAUGCUUCCAAAGCAGCAGCUGAAGCUCUUGUUGUUGCCGAAUCACCAGUGUCAGGGCUUCGAUGGGGCAAAGGCAGUGGGGGGAGGGCCAGGAAGGAGGAAAAGGCGUCGUCUGCCACUGCUGAUGCUGCUGCUCCUGCUGCCAGUGCGGCAGGGGAAGGGCAGUGGGCGCAACAGGGGGGCUUGCAGCGGCAGACGUCCAUCAGACGACAAGAGGCAAAGGGUCAGGAGCUGGGUGAGACGGUGGGGGCUCUUGAGGCGCCUCACAUGACCCCUUCUGAGGUGCCUCGUGCUUUGCAGCGGCAGACGUCUGCUGGACGGCACAUGGGAAAGAGGGUAGCUGAGGACGAGGCAAAAAUGCGGGCAGCGCCAGAGCAGAGUGAAAGGGAAGGCGGGAGCCACGGGGUCGAGCCUUGGGAGGGAGGCGGCAGUGACGACGCUGCUGCUGGUGGCGGCGGAAGGGAGGGAGUCGUGGAGGGAAGAGGUGGUGGGGUUGAGGGUGGAAGCUUUGCUGGGGAGGAUGGUGGAGGGGAGGGGGCAGACUGA